AUGCAGUCAGUCCGGCCUCUGCUAUUCACUGGGACGCGCCGCGCGCUUUGCGCCCCGCCGGCUUCCCGUAUCAUACCGACAGUUAUACGCGAUGCCAACUUCUCCAGUACUGGAAGGAGGCGAGCGUUGGCUAGCCCCUUGAACCUUCCAAAGUGGCUUGAAGAAAACUCCCACUUGCUAAAACCACCGAUCAACAACUACUGCGUUGAGAACGGACCAAUGACUGUCAUGAUUGUCGGCGGGCCCAACGAACGAACCGACUACCACAUCAACGAGACAGCAGAAUGGUUCUACCAAUACAAAGGCAACAUGCUUCUGAAGACAGUCGAUGGUGGCAAAUUCCGCGACAUCCACAUCAACGAGGGCGAGAUGUUCCUGUUGCCGCCGAACACGCCGCACAACCCGGUCCGCUUUGCGAACACCGUUGGCAUAGUACUAGAGCAGCCCCGACCGGAGGGCUCGAUGGAUAGGCUGCGCUGGUACUGCCAGAACUGCGGCGAGAAGGUGCACGAGGCGGCUUUCCACUGCACAGACCUUGGCACACAGAUAAAGGAGGCCGUGAAUAAGUUUAAGGCGGAUACGGAGGCGAGGAAGUGUAAAAACUGCGGCGAGAUCUGUGACGUUGCACCGAAGCCCGCAAAAGACUGA